AUGGCGAGAAGGCUUCUGCAGCUCCUUGCCUUGUGGACUACUGUGAUCGGUAUUGUGCAGUGCUGUCCAGAGCUCUGCAGCUGCCAGGAUAAAUUUUCACAUCAGUUUGCUGACUGUGCUUACAAAGAUCUGCUGGUGGUACCUGUGGGUCUACCCCUUAAUGUUACCACUGUGAGCCUAUCUGCAAAUAAGAUCAAAUUACUGAAAAGUAAAAGCUUCAUCAACAUCACUCAGGUAUCCUCUCUUUGGCUGGCCCAUAAUGAGAUAGUUACCAUAGAAACGGACACCUUGGCCCCCCUGAUUCAGCUCCGCAACCUUGACAUCAGCCACAACAAAAUUGUGAACUUUCCAUGGGAGGAUCUGCACAACCUCAAUGCCCUGCAGCUUCUGAAAAUGAACAACAAUGAAAUGGUGAAUCUUCCAAAGGAUGCCUUCUCUACACUCAAAGACCUGAGGUCGCUGCGCAUUAACAACAACAAGUUCACCACUAUUGUGCAGGGAACCUUCAGUGCCCUCUCUUCCAUGUCGCACCUUCAGAUUUUUAACAACCCCUUCACAUGCUCCUGCAACCUGGAGUGGCUGAGGGACUGGAUCACAACAACCAAGAUUGCUGUUCCUGAGCAAAACGUCAUUUUAUGUACGGCACCUGAACACCUGAAAGGUACAAUGAUUACACAAAUCCCCAUACUGGACUGUAAGGCCCCUACUGUCACAAUAACCUACCAGCCCAACCUUGAAAACACAGAGCUCUAUGAGGGCUCCAUGGUCAUCUUAACCUGUGAAUCAAAAGGAAGCCCCAAACCACAGGUCAGCUGGGAGGUGAAUGCAGGAAAUCAAAAUGUUGUAAUCCCCUUGCCCACCACUAUAGACACAAAUGAUAUGCCAAUCAAUGAUAAAACAACCAACAAUCGAUUCCUUGUCUUUCAAAAUGGCACUCUAAUCAUCCCUCGCAUGAGUAAAAAGGAAGAUGGAAAUUACAGCUGCUCUGCAGUGAAUGAUUUAGGGAAGGCAGAGAGCAGUGUUAAAGUAGCUCUGGCAAUCACCCAAAAACAUGCCACGAAGUCAACAGUUGAAUCUACAGUGGACAAGAUCCGCCCUUCUGUUACAAAGACUACAGAUUCCAAGACCUCCAAGAACAAUGUGAUCAACUGGGAUAAGUCUGAAGAAAGGUCAAAGAUCAGUCCUGAAAGCUCUUCAGAUAAACAUGAUGGUAUAGGGCCGAUUGGUGGUGGUUCUAAGGUCCCCCCCUUUGCAAGCAAAUGUGGUGUGAGAGAUAGCAGUGAAUACAUCUCCAACCAUGCCUUCAACAUGAGCUUGGAUGACCUGAAGCAGUACACUUUUGAUUUUGGUGUUAUUGCACUGGAAGUGUCAGAGACGGAGGCCAAAGUGCAGCUGAAUCCACUGCAGCUCCCCAGCAGCAAAUCCAACCUUCAUCUCAGUCAAACUGAAAACUCAGAAACAGUGAAUAAAGAGGUUUUGGGUCUGCUUCAGUCUGCAUCCAGCCAAACCACCCUGGACAUGCUCUACCUCUGUGUAAAUACGGGUAAAGGACACUCCAUGGUUCAGUGGUCCAAUAUAGAGGAGGGGGUUAAUUCCUACCGCUUCCACGGUUUACAGCCUGGCACCAAUUACACACUUUGUCUCACCUAUGGGGGGCAGGACUGCCAAGUCCAAGUUGUCUUUACAACUAGGAAGAAGAUCCCCUCCCUACUUAUCAUUGUAAUUGUCAGCAUUUUCCUAUUGGGUCUGGCAACUGUGCCCCUGAUGGGGGCCACCUGCUGCCAUCUAUUAUACAAGUACCAAGGGAAGACCUACAAGCUGAUCAUGAAGACUCAGAAUCCGGAUCAGAUGGAGAAACAAAUGACUGGAGAUUUUGAUCCCAGGGCAUCUUUUGUGGAGUCAGAGAAAACCUUCAGCCCCAGCGAGUUGGGAGAGGAGGAGGGAGAGGCCGACGGAGACGAAGGAGAUGGAACAGGAGAGGCUGAGGGCAGCGUGGUGACAGAGUCCAUCCCUGGAUCCUCAUCCAAAACCAACCAGGAGGAGUUUGAAGUGGGCUCCGAGUACAGUGACAGAUUACCACUGGGAGCAGAGGCAGUCAACAUUUCGGAGGAGAUCAACGGCAACUACAAGCCCCCCAGCCGCUGAGCUCCUCUGAUGUCUGCCAGUGUAUUGUAUAAUAUUUUACUUUCAAGUAGCCUACAUUCAAUCAGGUAACUCACCCACCAUUACUACACGUGAAAACAAUGGCAUCUGAUAUAAAAAGGUGACUUUUUAUUUUUUACCUCAGAAAGUACUCCGUCAUUCACUGAGAUUGUGAAUUGAUUCAUGUGACAUUUGUAGUCUGCUGUAAGUUUACAGUGCAAGCACAAAUUUCUACAGUUUAUCAGACCUCAAAACUGGACAGGAAAGCAACAAAAUGUUCCCUUUCUGCAGGACAGACACAGAUGGGCAUGGGUGCAAAUUGUCCAUAUAAGGUGAGACGCGGAGCUCGCCGGAGUUAUGCGUAAUUUGAUGGCAAAAGGUGAAAAGUAUUAUCACCGAGAGCACAAAAAACAAAAAGUGCCAUAUAUUUUAAAGCCAUUUAAAAUGAACAUACAUCAGGGACCAAUUGUCCUUCUAAGCUGUGUGUGUCAAGGCUGUGGAUGAAAAGAAAAAAACUAAAUCCGGCCAAUUGUCAUUCUCUCAGGUGUCGGCACUCCGGCUCCACUCGGCUAGUCCACGGAUUUUAUUAGUCGCAGAUUUUGGAUCUUUUAAAAAUGUUUAUAACCGGCAAACGCUGUCGCAGAUAUUUGGGUGAAUUACGCCUCACAGCGCACACAGCAGCGCCCUGCCCGCUGUCCUGUGAGCCAAAAAAGGGACAUUUUUCUUACAGCUGUGUUGUGCUUGACAUGAAAUCCCAGGUUAUUUACCAACAAAUGUUGUUUCACGUAAUAUAAGGCUUUAAAAAUGUGCGACUUUAACCUCUUUAUCAACGGGUGCUUGCUAUACUCUCGCUUUUUACAAUGAACGUGUCCAUGGCAUGUCACACGUAUUUCCUUGUGUGGUACAUAUUAGUGUAGUCUAGAGGACUUUAGAUGUUUACUGUCAACCUGUGAUGUAAAGCCAUGUGAAUUGAAAUUAUUCUUUUUUACGACGGUAAGUAAGUUUUUUAUGAAGCCUAAACAAAAAGGGCACAUGUGUGCGUCAGUUGGCUUCACUGUAUUAUUUAAUUUUAUGCAUAGUGAGUUUUUGUGAGCUAUGUUGUAAAUUGGAAAAAAAAAAAAAACUCGUGAUCUUUCAGGAUUUUUGAUAUAAUUUUAUGUAAGUGGACUUAA